GCUGAUCUGAAGUGCCGGCUUAGUCAGUUAACCCUGAAAUAUCAGUGUGAUUGGAUAUUCUCUCACCGAAAGUAAAAAUGCGUUCCGCGAUUUUGUUCGGCCUUAUUGCUUGCCUGGCUUUUAGCCUCGUUUUGGCCCUGGAGGAGUCCGUCCAUCAAUCCAACGAUCUGUCGUCGGUGGAAAAGGAUAUUGGCCAGGCUGCGGAGUCCGAGGUGCGUGCCAAGCGGCAGUUCGGCUUUGGUGGUCCCUUUGGCGGAUUUGGAGGACCUUUCGGCGGAUUCGGCGGCUACGGAGGACGUGGAGGCUUUGGUUAUGGACGUCCCUUCUAUGGCGGCUAUGGUCGACCCUUUUAUGGCGGCUUUGGAGGAAGGCCCUUCUACGGAGGCGGCUUCGGAGGUCCUUUCUAUGGCUAAAUCUCCUACUGAUUGCGUUCUACCAAUAAACUAAGACUGGAAACUGAGA